AUGUGGACCUGGCUGCAAUCUGCAGAUGGCGAAGUCGUCUAUACUGCUGUCCGCUUUGUCAAACACAAGGCCGAUGCGGUCUACGCCAACAUCAAACCAGCUCAGGCCAAAAAACACAAGGAAGAAGACGAGAGCGUCGUGUACGCCGCUGUCACUUUCAGGAGUGCUAGUACUUCCCCUAGAAUCCAGACCACAACUCUAGAAGAUGCAGAGGAUCCAGCUGCUCUGUACAGCACAGAGGAUGGUCAAACACCUCUGAGUAAGGAGUGGUGGCUCUCCUUCAGCUCCAUCCAGCCCUCUGACUCUGGACAGUAUUACUGUACAGCUGAGAAUGACCUGGGGAAGAGGACAUCUGAAUCUGUUUUAAUCGACGUGAAAUAUGGGCCAAAGCCUCCCUCUGUGUCAGUGAGUCCUCCUGGGGAAAUCAAAGAGGGCAGCUCAGUGACUCUGACCUGUAGCAGUGAAGCUAACCCAGCAGCUACGUAUGUCUGUAAAGAACCACAGCUUGUCUUCAGAUCCAUCCAGUCCUCUGACUCUGGAGAGUAUUACUGUAGAGCUGUGAACAAGCUGGGGUCAAAACUUAAAUCCAUCACUAUUGAUGUGAAAUAUGCUCCAAAGCCUCCCUCUGUGUCAGUGAGUCCGUCUGGUGAAAUCAAGGAGGGCACUUCAGUGACUCUGACCUGUAGCAGUGAUGCUAACCCAGCAGCUGCAUAUGUCUGGCACAAGAUGAACAAUCAAACACCUCUCAGUACAGAUUCACAGCUCUCCUUCAGCUCCAUCCAGCCUGCUGACUCUGGAGAGUAUUACUGUACAGCUGAGAACAGGCUGGGAACAUCAACACCUACAAACAUUUCUGUUGAUGUGAAAUAUGCUCCAAAGCCUCCCUCUGUGUCAGUGAGUCCUUCUGGUGAGAUCAAGGAGGGCACUUCAGUGACUCUGACCUGUAGCAGUGAUGCUAACCCAGCAGCUACGUAUGUCUGGCACAAGAUGAACAAU